CACUUCACAAAGUCACUGUAAGACUUCCAGCAGCAUCUCGUGAUGUCACAGACCCCAGAAGAGACAAGACACAUCCAGGACAUAGACAAACAGUGGGGAUCAACGCCUCCCAUUCCUCCACAAUGCAGGAUGUCACAGGAGCUGUGGAUGUGGGCUAAAUGUCAAGUCUUGUCCUCAUUGCGGAUGCCUUUUGGUAUUAGAGCCACUCUACCAGUACUUAAGAAAGCUGCAGGGAAAGAAGGAUCAUGUGAUGCAAUUACCAUACUUCCCAAAGUUCUCUCUCCAUAUAAGCCUGACAACCGCUUGAAGUCAUCUCGUACCCACCAGGAACUGCACCGGGAAUUACUGCUCACCUACAAGAAAGGCCUUGCCUUGCACAGUAAGCCUGAACUACUGCGAGUUAUGGAAAAGAGGCGGAAUCAGCAUCAGGAAAAUCAAGACAAAAAAGUGCCACACUGCCCUCUACAACAAGAGCUGCAGAAGUGGCAGCUGCGACGAGAGGAGAGGCAGCAGGAAUCGACCAAGAGUGAACAAUCUGCUCCUGUAGUCCACGAGUUCCUGAAAGUGAGGGAGAAUCUCCGGAAAUCCAAAACAAGGGAUGUGCAGAGCCCUCCUCCUCCUGUCAGCUGAACUCAUCCCUCCGUUAUAUUGACCCUGUCCAACUAUAGGAUCCAACUGAUCGGAAAGUUCCGUCUGGGAUGCAGAAUGCCUGAUGUUCACUAAGAA